AUGCUCGCUGCCACUCUGCUGGUCCUGGCCCUGCUGGGAGGUGCCCAUGCCCACCCCAAAGUCACCGCCUAUGAGGCCGGCAUCGUGUGCCGUAUUACCAAGCCUGCCACCCUGGUGUUGAACCAGGAGACCACGAAGGUGAUCCAGACAGCCUUCCAGCGAGCCAGCUACCCAGACAUCAAGGGCGAGAAGGCCAUGAUGUUCCUUGGCCAAGUCAAGUAUGGUCUGCACAACAUCCAGAUCAGCAACCUGUCCAUCGCCAGCAGCCAGGUUGAGCUGAUCGAAGACAAGUCCAUUGACAUCUCCAUCCAGAAUGUGUCUGUGAUCUUUAAGGGGACCCUGAACUACGGCUACACCGGUGCCUGGGGAUUGGGCAUUGAUCAGUUUGUGGACUUUGAGAUCAACUCCGCCAUUGACCUCCAAAUCAACACGAAGCUGACCUGCGACUCUGGCCGCGUGCAGGCCAAUACCCAUGACUGCUCCCUGUCUUUCCACAAGCUGCUCCUGAAUCUCCACGGGGAGCGCGAGCCCGGGUGGAUCAAGCAACUGUUCACAAACUUCAUCUCCUUCACCCUGAAGCUGGUCCUGAAAGGACAGGUCUGCAAAGAGAUCAAUGUCAUUGCAAACAUCAUGGCCGAUUUUGUCCAGAGAAGGGCUGCUGACUUCCUCUCGGACAGAGACACUGAGGUGGACAUUUCCCUGACAGGAUCACCUGUCAUCAAAGGCACCUACCUGGAGUCUCAUCACAAGGGUCAUGUCAUCUAUAAAAAUGUCUCCGAGGACCUCUCCCUCCCCACCUUCUCACCCAGCCUUCUGGGGGACACCCACAUGCUGUAUUUCUGGUUCUCUGAGCAAGUUCUUGACUCCUUGGCCAAGGCAAUCUUCCAGGAGGGCCGUCUCGUGCUCAGCCUGACAGGGGAUGAGUUCAAGACCAUGCUGGAGACCCAAGGCCUCAACAUCAGCCAGGAUAUCUUUCAGGAGCUUUUUGGUGGCUUCCCCACCAGCCAGGUCCAAGUAACCACCCAGUGCCUCAAGAUGCCCAAGAUCACCUGCCAAAAUCAGGGCGUCGUGGUCAGUUCUUCCGUGAUGGUGAAAUUUCUCAUCCCACAUCCAGACAGGCAACCGUUUGUGGCUUACACUUUUGAAGAGCACAUCACCACCAUUGUCCAGGCCUCCUAUUCCAAGAAGAAGCUCUUCCUAAGCAUCCUGGAUUUCCAAAUUGAACCGAAGACUGUUUUCAACUUGACUGAGAGCUCCGAGUCUGUCCAGAGCUUCCUGAGGGAGAUGGUCACCACAGUGGGCAUCCCGGAAGUCACAUCUCGACUGGAGGUGGCACUUACAGCCUUCAUGAAUAGCAAAGGCCUGGACCUCUUUGAAAUCAUCAACCCUGAGAUUAUCACCCGGGAUGGAUACCUGCUGCUUCAGAUGGACUUUGGCUUCCCUGAGCACCUGCUGGUGGACUUCCUCCAGCGCCUGACCUAG